UCUAAACAUUGUACAGUGACCUUGGGCUGCCUUAAGUUGAUGCUUGCAUAAGUGUCCGUUUAAGGUAUUUCCCUAUCCCGCCCAGAAUGAAUAAUCGAGGAAUCCCUAUGUUACCUCGUAGAUGGUUGAAAUGUCCGCGUAUGGGAGAUAUGAUAUUAGAUAUAUUCAUUCCAUUCAAAACACCAUUAGACAAUAAGUUUAAUCAUUUCAUCGAUCCGGAAGAUGUAUUUCACGUAGAUGAUGCAUUCAAAACAGCGGAACCGUACAAACUCGGUCUGAUUAUCGACUUAACAAAAUCUCGUAGAUUUUAUAAUCGACGCGAAGUAACGGAACAGGAUUGUAAAUAUUUGAAAAUAGAAUGUAAAGGAAAUGAGGAACGACCAACACCAGAACAAGUGAAUCUUUUUAUUCAAAUUGUCAAUCAAUUUCUCGACAACAAUACUGGAAAUCAGAAAAUAGGAGUUCAUUGCACUCACGGAUUCAACAGAACGGGAUUUAUGAUUAUUGCUUAUCUCGUUGAAGAGUUGAACUAUGGCGUAGAUAUAGCGGUUCAGAUAUUUUCAGAUGCUAGGCCUCCUGGAAUUUACAAAGCAGAUUACUUAGAAGAUCUCUUCACACGUUAUGGGUGUAUCGAAGAUUGCCCACAAGCCCCUUCGCUCCCUGAUUGGUGUACAGAGGACGAAGAAUACAGUUCACAUACGCCAGCUAAGAGAAAAAACGAAGAAUUGUGUACAAACUUUGAUAAUCAAGAGACAGUUUCCUCAUCAAAAAUAUCACGCAUAAGCGAUCAUAUAGAAGAAAAUGCGUCUUUUAGUAUUCCUACAAGCAAAAGCUUUCCCCCACCGCCUCCAGGAAAUCCAGAUUUUAUGGAAGGGGUUUCUAAGGUUGAUGUUUUGGUUCAGGACAGUCCAGAAGCUCAUGAGGCACGCGAUUUGUCGGACAGACUAUGCAAAAUGGGUGGUUAUUUAUAUUUAGAGGGUCAAUUGUUUCCUGCAACCGAUUCAACAUCUGAAAAUGAACAAGAACCUGAGAAUUUAGAAGCGAAUCGCAGCCGAAAGAUAUCAAAACCAUCUAAAAGGCCUUUACGUUUCAAAGGUAGUCAACCAGUCUCCAUAACACAACGAAAUGUGGCAGCUCUGGUUAACUCUGAUUAUUGCGUAACGUACAAGGCUGAUGGCACUCGUUAUCUUAUGCUCAUAAUGGGUCCUGGUCGUGUCUAUCUAAUAGAUCGGGGAAAUUUUGUUUAUAAGCCAAAUGUUUUGCAUUUUCCGACGGUAUCGUGGAUUCGCGAAAAUGAAAAACGUGGUCCAAAUUCUGGUCGUCCAGACUUCCUAAAUGAUCCUGAUGGUCACUUAUUUAAUACGCUUUUGGAUGGUGAACUUGUACUUUGUCAUGACCAUUCCAAACCGCCUAACAUAUCUACAUCAGAAGUAUCUGGAACACCUAGAUUCUUGAUCUAUGAUAUAAUUACCUUAAACAAUAAACCCAUUGGUCGGUCUGCAUUUUUUGAACGUUAUUCUGCAAUUGACAAACAAGUUAUAUGGCCCAGGAAUACCGGUGGUCACUUGGGACUAGUUGACUUUAGUACUCAAUCUUUUUCGGUCAGGCGAAAAGCAUUUCGCGCACUGCAAGAUACUGAAGAGGUAAAAUUAACCAGUAUAUUUCUUGUAUUUUGAUAAUAAAAUGGACUAUAUUUAGUCACGACAAACAUUUUCGAGUAUUAAUGUAUGAACUGCACUCCUGUAAACAAUACUGCUUCGUAGUUCAGUUCAAGUUCAAAGUGAGUCACUUGAUUCACAGAAAAUAACCACAGCCCCACCUUUCUUUGAAGUAGAAUAUUGUUAUUUACUGGUAGAUUUCUAGCUAUUUCCUUCAUACACACUAUUUGAAAUCAUAUGUUAACAACCGAUUUUAUGUUUCAUAUGGUUUCAGCUACUCAAACCUGCGUUCUUGCAAAGUUUGGACCACUCAACAGAUGGCCUUGUAUUUCAGCCUUGUGGUCCUGAAGAUUUUUAUGUUCUUGGAACUUCCCCACAAACGUUAAAAUGGAAACCUCCAAGUAUGAACACAAUUGACUUCAGAUGUAAAGUGGAAUAUCAACGAAAAGUUGGGUAAGGCUGCAACUUAUUCUUCUAUUACCAUUCGUCCAAGUUCGUUGUUUUUUUCCCGUUAUACGUGUUAAUGAUAUGACGUAAGGGAUUGAUAAGAACAUAGAAAAGAAUUUGCACAUGUAACAAAGACUAUUGUUACUUCUAGUAACUUAUCUCUCAAUAAGCAACAGAAAGAUAACUGGUUCGUGACUACAAAGAAUUAUUAUUUAGGAACAAUACAAAUUUUCGUAUACGUUUAUAACCAACCUGAAAUCAUAAAAGAAAAAUUGCUGGAUGAUUAUCCCUGAUUAGUCUAGCGGCGAAAUCAAUCAGCAAUAAGGUUACUCAAAUCACGUGUGAAAAAGAAAAUCUGCUUCAUCAACUUAUAGUCUAAACUAUCGGUUUCUCAAUUUAGUUACUCUUAUAGAUGAUUUCGCUGCAAAGGCGUUAGCAAUUCAUCUUUUCAAAACUGAGCAAAAGCUUCACGUCAAGCUGUCGUCAUAUCAUGACUCUACUAUCUAAUUUUUCUCUUAGUCAUUCGGUUACUGAUAUUUUAUCUUAAUAUUUUUAAUUUUUAGUCCUUUGUUAUCACCACCUUUAUGUUUUGAAUUUAUUCUUCAUCUUUCUCAUACUCCUUAAGUGGAUAAUUAACUCUCACACAUUUCUUUUUUACUUCUUGAUCGUUAGGUAACCCUAUUUCGAUCCUUGAAGUUGUGUACUAUUUAUAUUUUACGGCAGACUAAGAACAGUAAUAGGUGUCAGUGAGUCAGCAAGCGACACAGACAUUUAAAAUUCGGACCCCGACUCCCCAACACGCUAUUAACCCGUCAAUUUAAAAGGACAAUUUGUUACUUCAAUAUAUUAACUGGCUGAAUAUAGUACAUCCAAAGUGGGUAACGUCGACUCAAUAUAGAUCUAAAUGUUACAUAUAUUAUAAAAUCUUCGUAAUAGUAUAAAAUGUUUAGAUGUGAAUAUUAAAGUCAUGUGCUAUUCCACGUAGAUAGUCGAGUGUCGUUCUGUUUUUGUAAUAUUUUACGACCAGUUUGAAACGUACAGCUAUUUCCCUAUACUUCCUUUUUAAGCGUUUUCCUAAGAUGUGAAUACAUAUCACAUGCGUGUGGAAAAGUCAGUUUCGUAUGUCAUUCGCACUCUAAUCAAUAACCUAUUACUUUCCAUAACAACCUUGGUGAGUAGUACUAAUAGACUAACUUAAAGCCUCCAUGCCACCUCUCCACUACUUUGUUCGUUUCCAGAAGGAUAUCCACAACAGAGGGUGAACCAAACGUAUUUUACACCAAUAAAAGCGUUAUCCCCCCUUUCAAUCUUCACCUUCAUUAAUAUGCCCCCUUAUUAGUGUGAACCUAUUUACAUAUAUCCUUUAGUUUGUACGUGUAAAAUGGUAGAUGUGGUUCGCGAUAACAAGAGGCAAGUUGUUUCUGUGAUUAUUGUACAUUCUGUCAGGUACGUUGGCUCAUUGUAUGGAAAACAUAUUACAGAAUAUACUUUCAGUUGAUUGUUGCAAUUCGGAUUUGGAUGCAUACUGUUCCAUUUUUUUGCCACAGUAGAGGGGCACUUCUAAAGAUCACUCCUCAGUACGCAUAUUUCUAUCUAUUAAGAGAAUUUCACUGACAGUAAUUAAAUUAUUUUUACUUUAAAGCUUAACUUACCAAAAGUUUGAAAUUCAAUGCACUGCUCUCUUCAGAACAUAUCUAGGACAAAUCGAGAUUCCAUCCUAUCGCUUUAGCAGAUUGGAUGACCUGUUAACUUGUUAUAUUACAAAUCUAAAAUAGAGAUGAGGUCUGUCAUCUAAAAUAUUAUAAAAAAGUGGUUUGACAGCUCUACAUUUUCAAGGUCAACUGCUAAAUUAAAAUGUAUUUGUGAACUUCAGUACAUUUAUAAGAUGCUGUGCAUUAAAGUUCAACUAGGUCUUCAGAAAAUCAAAGGGAAGAUUUGAGUGUCUACUACUUUACAUUAAAUAAACACAUUACUGUGGAAGCAAAUAAGACCUACCCUUUAUGUUCUUAGCUCUAGUAUUCAUUUGAAUCCCUAACAAACUCUCUAAAACAUUAAAUAGAAAUAAUAUAUUUGUAAAAUCUCAG